UCUUCUGCAGCAAACCGCAAUUGGCCUAUACAAUAUUUAACAUCCUUAUCUUCUUCACUGCAGUUUGGUUUUACAAAAUUCUGCCAUGGCUUCCACUCUGCUUCCCUUCCUUUCUCCCCCAAACCUUCUCCAUAACCAUACAUCAAACCUCUCAUCAAUCUCCAAUAACCCAUCAAAAACAUUACAUUUCCCCAUCAAAUGCACUUCCCCAACGUCAGAAUCAUCUCAAUCGGAUUUCCCAUCUCCAAUCUCCCACGAAACCACCACAAGUCCAGAAAGUUUCCCCAUCGAGAAACGAAGAAGAUCGGAAAUCGUCCGAGAAAGAAGGCCGAGACCCGACAUCGCAAAACCGGAACCGCCGAAUUUCGAGGUGGGAUGGAGGAGGACGAAGGAGAUUAACUUGGAGAAACCCAAAGGGUACGUGAUAAUGGAUUUUUUGGAGAAGCUGGAAGGGUUGAUGGGGAGAGAGUUUGGGUCGACGGAACUGUUGGCGAAAGCAGGGGAAAUCGUGGCGGAAAGAGCGAGGGAAGAAGCGGAGGUGUUGAGGGAUGAAGGGGAAGUGGAAGAUAGGAUGGUGACGGAGUUGUUUAGGGUAUUGAAGUUGAUGGAAAUGGAUUUGGCUAUGGUGAAAGCUGCUGUGAAAGAUGAGACCUUGAGUGAGAGGCUUGAAAAAGCUAAAGCUAGGUGCAGGCAGGCCAUUCUUGUGGCUAAUUCUUUUUGAAUUUUAGGUAUUGAAACGAUGUCGUGUAUGUUACUGGAUUUCAUGAUGAGAAAAUUGAAUGAUAUAAAGCUGCAUAUACCACUCUUUGCCUUUCA